AUGUUUGUUACUGUAGUGAUAAAAGAUACACUAAUCAUUAAACCAGAACGAUUCAAAAAGGAUAUUGUUACAGCAGUGGAAGAUGAAAUUCAUAUGAAAUAUUCUAACAAAAUUCUUCCCGAUGUAGGAUUGUGUGUGUCGAUAUAUGAUUUUAUUUCAAUAGGAGAUCCUCAUAUUUAUCCAAAUCAACAAGGAAAUUAUUUUGUGGAAGCAAGUUUUAGGUUGAUAGUGUUUAAACCAUUUGUUGGAGAAAUUAUUACAGGAAGAAUAAUGGGAUCGGAUCCUGAACAAGGCCUAAAAGUAGCUAUUGGAUUUUUCAACGACAUUUACAUCCCACCCUAUUUAUUAGCCCAACCAUGUAAAUAUGAUGAAGAGACAAGCCAGUGGCAGUGGAUUUAUGAAGACAAUGCUCUUCCGUACGCCCAUCCACAAGAAAUACGAUUCCGAGUAAACUCUCUAACAUUCAACACCACCAUAGAUUCUAAUCCUCCUCAUGAGGAAAAAGCACCAAUGAUCAUCACAGGAAGAGCCAAUGAGCCUGGUCUUGGAUUGACAUCAUGGUGGACACAGUCUGGAGAUGAAGAACAAUAA